AGCCUCGUCCGAUUACAUAAGUGAUGGCACGUGACAGGCUGCACCUCUUGACGCGGCAGCACUUGACCGAUUGUGUCGCUUCCCAUCUAGGUACAAGUCUUCAACACCACAACCUCGCCUUCUGCACACCCACGAAGUGAAAAAGCCGGCGCUGAUAUUCCUCGGUCUACCAUUCCUUGAAGUUUCCAGAUCCUGCAACAUGAAUCACUACCCUCAAGCUUGGGGCAGGCCUCGAGAUGAUGUCUACGGUCCUUACGAUUCCUCCUACCUCCAGACCUCGAUGCCCAAGACUCACACCCAAUCCCCCGCAGUCACUGGAACGUCAGUGCUAGGUGUCAAGUUCAAGGAUGGUGUUGUCAUUGCCGCAGACAACCUGGCUUCUUACGGAUCUCUGGCACGAUUUACGGACGUGAAGCGUCUAAGAACAUUUCCUCCCAACACAGUAAUCGGGUUCGGCGGCGAUGUGUCAGACAUGCAAUAUCUCGACCGGUUACUCCAGUCUCUAGACAUUCGCGAGAACUAUCUCUCUUCAGAAGGACAUACCCUCAAUGCGCGGAAUUUACACACAUAUAUGUCCAAAGUCAUGUAUAAGCGGAGAAGCGACUUCAAUCCAUUGUGGAAUAUGAUGCUCGUGGCUGGUCUGGACGAGGAUGAGAAGCCUUUCCUGGCAAGCGUCGACCUGUUGGGCACGACCUUCUCAAGCCCGACCUUGGCCACCGGUUUUGGCGCGCAUUUAGCCCAGCCGCUGCUGCGAAAAUUGAUGCCGGAGGACGAAGCGAGUGUGAAGAAUGUAACGCAAGAGGAGGCUGUCGAAGCUGUCAAGGCGUGCAUGAAGGUUCUGUUCUACCGAGAUGCAAGGAGUAUGGACAAAUACAGCAUUGCGGUGAUUACCAAAGACGGUGUCGCAUUGAAGGAGGACGAGAAGCUUGAAAACCAGAGCUGGGCAUUUGCGGAUCAGAUUCGGGGCUAUGGUACACAGACUCAAUAGACCAUGGCGGAGAAUGAUCCAAGGUACGCGAUAUGUACGAGUUGCAUCGACCAUUCUGGGCGUCAUGGCGUUGAGCGAAGGGGAGUCUUGCGACUUGACGUUGUGAAGACAAUGGGGCUGUCUUGGGGCUUUGUCUACAGGCAAUAUCCACCAACUGUGUUGGUGGCUCCAAGACGUAUAUGUUACCUAGUGAUGAAUCAAGAGUCACCAAUGGUGCAUAUGCAGACUCCAAGCCAUUCUUGCGGAAAGCUGAGAGUCUAGAUUGCCCUAUUCGACAAGGAGAAUUGGUCAGCCUUGCGGUAGUGACUCAAAAAGCCAUCGGGUCGUUUGCGGCAAUGACGCGCCGAUGUGGAAUUUCGGGAAACUUUCAGAAAGUCGCAGCGCCACAGCGAAGUUCAAUGACUGAUCACCUACCUUUAC